AUAUUACAGUUUCGGUGUAUAUUUAGUGGUUUUUCUUUCGAAUUGAAUCAAGCUGGAAAUUUGCACUGAUACGUACUUUGGUUUAUAGGACUGAAUCUAGGCUUAGUUGUCAAAAAGAAGGGUGCGCUUUCCUUUUAGCUGGCAAAUUCACUGUUAAUCAUUCUUCUGUAAAACGACUUGAAUACGAAGCCUUUCGAUUUUAAAUUAAGUAGUCGCAGUGAAUAGAAAUUCAUUGGCAAACAACCGCAGUCAUGAGUGCGUAUGAAAAGCUAAUGGCAUGGCAGUCUACAGGAGAAUUCAUGACCUAUGGACCGUCCAAACACCGCAUGUAUGUCAAGCAAGUGGGUAGUUCAACUGCAUCAGCGGACAAGCCUUGCUGCUACUCCAUGGCUUUCCAGAGUCAUCGCACUCGUACCAUGCUGUGCUGGAUGGGCUCAUCAAUCUCCGGAAGACAACGUCAACGUCCGACAAACACCGCGACAGUGACCAAGUGGAUGGCGAGAGGCGCUUCAAUCGCAUCGUCUUGUUUGACAUGCUCGGGUAUGGCCUCAGUGACAAGCCCGACGCAUACUCAUACUCGUUGCUUGAACAGGCAGACACGGCGCUGUGUGUGUGGAAGCACUUUGGCGUGACCGGUGGACACCUACUAAGCCACGACAUGGGCGAUAGUGUGGCAACCGAGCUCGUUGCCAGGCAUCAGAAUGAGACUAUGCCGGGUUGGUUCAGUGACGGUCUACAGUCCCUAACCUUUACGAAUGGGAGCAUGGUGAUGGAGCUGUGUGCGCUGAGGACUGUGCAGCACCUGCUGCUGAGUGGGUAUGGUUACUAUCUGCAGUAUCUAACGGUAAGGAGUGUGAUGGCACACCAGAUACGCUCUGCACAUGGCAACGCGACUCUAAGUCAGGAGGAGAUCGAUGUGAUGUGGGAGGCCAAUUUGCUGCAAGAGGGGAACAUGAAGACCUACCUGACGAUCAAAUACAUCAACGAUCGCAAGCAGUUCGAAACCACGCGCUGGUUGCCCGCUCUGGCGCAGACCAAGCUACCCGUGCAUCUGUGUUGGGGAGAUAGCGAUAGCGUGGCACGGGUGGAAAUGGUACACCAUCUCAAGCAGAAGGUGUGCAAGGAGGCGACGGUCACCAUCAUGAACGGCGUAGGCCACUUCUGCCAAUUGGGAAGCCCGGAGAAAUGGCUGGAGGCUGUGGGCGCGUACUACACGACGUUGGGUUGAUUGUCAGGCGCUGCUAACAACUUGUUUGCACUUUUCAGCACAAUCACACCCCAGUAUGGUACCGAUGCCUAGACAUAACCCGUAUUUGCCAAUUUGGAUUUGCAUGGUCUCAGUGAUUUGUGGACAUUUGAUACUCAGCUAUGUGCUUUGUUGGUAAAAUUGAGACGUUGGUGCAGCGGACGAAGUAGUGGAGGCUUAGUGAGGUUGUGUGCUCGCAGGCUGCAUCGUACUCAAUUGAAGCCCACAGUUUGGGAAAUCUUAUCCACCGUUAUUCACCGAGAACGGCAUAGUAGGGCGGAAGGUCUUUGGGCAAAGCUGCAUUUAGUAGCUGAGAUUAAUCUGUUAGCGCAUUCGCUAGUGGCGUAGUUAGGUGUUGUAGUGUAUAUAUGUAAGUUAUUGGUGGCGGACAGCUGAGGUCUAUAUCCUUGCUGGAUAUAUCUGAGGUGCAGCCCAGAAUGACAACAGAUUAAUUGUAGAGACCGAGAGCCAUCGUGUGUACAAUUAGUUGUGGGAAUUGACUUGGAGUUCUGAAUGUACCCACAAUAUAGCUCGGUAUGACGAGUGAUGGUCUGACCCCAAAAGCAAGGGAUUGCUUACGAAUUACCUGUGGUUUAUCUCUCUCGAGUAAAGACAUGCAU